UUCGUCUCGCCACGACCAUAAUCCCCCCGCCAUGUUCCUCCAGUCCCUGCGCGCCUCCUCUUCCCGUCUGCCCCGCAGCACCCGCUGUUUCUCUACAUCCUCAACACUUUUCCUAAAAUCUCCCCUCGCAGCUUCUGCCGAAAUUCCCACACCAACUGCUCUCCUCGAGAAGAUAGGGCGCAAUGCCGACAAGAAGCUCACGCCGUUUGCCGAGACAUGGGAGUCUUUGAAUGAAGUUUGGAUCAGACCAAAGAAGAUGGCCGAGUCGGGGUUGUCUACGAAAGAAAAGAGAUAUAUCCUGUGGGCGUUCUCCCGAUACUCACAAGGGAGCAGUCCAUCGGCAUUCAUCCGCCCGCCCAAGCCAGCCAAGAAGUUUAGAGGGUAAGUGUGUCUUUGGCUGAAGCGACCUGGCAGAUCUAUGAGCUGACUCGGUGGUGAUGCAGAUGGGGUCCCAAGAUACAGCAUGGUGUUCGAGUGGGUGGAGAAAAGUAGUAUCAUAUACACAGGUCGUUCGGAUGUAUGCCCUUUCUGUUGCAA